CGGCGGCUGCGGUUGAAAAUGGUUGUGGGGUUCGCGGCGGUUGGCGCGGCGCUGCUGUAGGAUAUGAGAGAUGGCAAGUCCAGAUAGAAGUAAACGGAAGAUAUUAAAAGCCAAAAAAACAAUGCCUCAAAGUUGCCGGAAGCAAGUAGAGAUGCUGAAUAAGUCAAGGAAUGUCAAAGCACUGAAAACAGCAGCAAUUGGAAGUAGUGUUCUGAGUGGUAAUCGGAGUUUAAAUCCUAGUGUCAUAACUGGCAAAUGUGGACAUUCUGAAAAUGUUACAUCCUCAUCGGACUCUAAUAAAAAUUCAGUAUCAGAGGAAAGUAAAGUAUUCUCUCAGAAUUGCAUAAAACCAGUAGAAGAAAUCAUUCAUUCAGAAACAAAAUUGAAACAAGUUGUUUGUUCAGACCAAAAUCCAAGUAAAACAACAGAUUCCCCCAGCAGAGUCUUUACAGAAGAGGCAAAAGAUUCACUGAACACUUCUGAAAACCAUUCUGAAUAUCAGACAAAUGUUACAGGAUCCCUUUUUGAGCAUGAAGGGGCUUGUAGUCUGAAGUCCACUUGCCAUCCACGCAGUGUAUUGAAUGGAACUGUUCAGCUGCCAGAGACUACAGUAACCAUUCCCGUGGAUGAUAAGAGAACUGACCAGAUAGUUUUCCAUUUAGAAACAAACUCCAAUUCAGAAUCACAUGAUAAAAAGCAAAGUGACAACAUUUUAUGUUCAGAAGACUCUGGUUUUGUGCUUAUUGAGAAAACACCUAACUUGGUGAAUUCAAUUACUUCUCACAAAUGUGCUGAUGACAUUUUGAAAACUGAAGAGUGUAGUAGAACCUCUCCAUCCAGCAUUUCAAAUUGUGAAAGUGCAGAUUCAAUGUGGGAGUCAUCACUUGACACUAAUAACAACAGCCAUUAUCAAAAGAAGAGGAUGUUUUCAGAAAACAAAGAAAAUGUUAAACGCAUGAAAACUUCAGAACAAAUUAAUGAAAAUAUUUGUGUGGAUUUGGAAAGGCAAACAGCAUUCCUGGAACAGGUCAGACAUUUGAUUCAACAGGAAAUGUAUAGUUUAAAUUACAAACUAUUUGAUAAGAAACUGGAAGAAUUGAACCAACGCAUUGGAAAGACAGAGUGCAGAAAUAAACAUGAAGGAAUAGCGGAUGGACUCUUGGCAAAAAUAGCAAAACUUAAGAGACGUAUUGAAACAGUAUUAUACUCUCAAAGGAAUUGUUUGAAACCAAACAUGUUAUCCAGUAAUGGAGCCUGUAAGGUUGCCAAUUCAGAGACUAUCAUUUUGGAUAAUAAUCUGGAGUCAGUUGAAAGGUCUUCUGUGAAUGAUGAGCCUUCUAACCCUUCAGAAAAAGAUAGUAAAAAUACUAAUUUGUCACCAGAUCAGAAUGAAUCUGUUUCUGAAAGUAACAAUGAUGAUGUUAUGUUGAUUUCUGUGGAAAGUCCUAAUUUGACAACUCCAAUUACAUCAAAUCAAACAGAUAUCAGACAUAUUACAUCAGGACAUUCCAGCAGUUCUCCCAAUGCUGAAGUUACGGCUGUACAGAAGAAACCUGAUUCUGUAAUUGACUUGACAAAAGAAGGCCUCUCCAACUACAAUAAAGAAAGUCCACUAUCUUCCCUGGAGUCACCUGUGAAAGCUGUUUUAAGCUCAAAACAAACAAUCCCAGUGGCGCCAAAUGCAGCCCAGGUUCCUGAGUUAUUUGAACACCUGCCACCUCUCCCAGAACCACCACCACCACUACCUGAAUUAGUAGACAAAAUCCGAGACACACUUCCUCCCCAGAAGCCUGAGCUCAAAGUGAAACGGGUUUUUAGACCCAAUGGCAUUGCCCUGACUUGGAAUAUAACCAAAAUCAAUCCCAAGUGUGCUCCUGUAGAAAGCUACCACCUCUUCCUGUGUCAUGAGAACCCUAAUAAUAAGUUGAUUUGGAAGAAGAUUGGAGAAAUUAAAGCUUUACCACUCCCAAUGGCCUGUACUUUAUCUCAGUUUUUAGCUUCCAACAAAUAUUAUUUUACUGUCCAAUCAAAAGAUAUUUUUGGACGAUAUGGACCAUUCUGUGACAUAAAAUCUAUCCCUGGGUUUUCUGAAAAUCUUACCUAAAAGGUCUUCAUUAUGAUACAUUUUUUUCAUAUUUGUUUACAAUGUUACUGUAACAGUAUUUGCCAUUGUAAAAGGCCAGCUCAGAUUGUGAACCCUUUCUACUGGGACAGUCCUUUUCUAUAUGUUGUUAAAUGGCCAGUAAUUUGAUGAAUUGCUGAUUUGUAUUAAAUAUGUCCUUCCAGUGGAUAAGUUAUAAAACACAUGCUGUCAUGGGCCUAUGUUGCUGUGGUGUGUUGUGAACAAUACCUUUGGCGACUGUGGAACUGCUGUUUCUAUCAGAAUAACUAGGAUACAAGUAGCCACUGUUUCCUCCAUUAAUAAUCCACUUUUAGUGCUCUCCUGUGGUCAGCAUAGCUACAGGAAAAAUCAACUCUUGACUGAGGGCCAGAUCAUCCCUGGGGUGCACCUCUACCAAGAUAAAAAUAAAUUACUGAAAGUGUUGUUUGUAAAAAUAAAUUACUAAUUUUUUUUUUUAAGAUGGAGUCUCACUCCACGGCCCAGGCUGGAGUGCAGUGGUAUGAUCUCGGCUCACUGCAGCCUCCGCCUCCCAAGUUCAAGCAGUUCUCCUGUCAUAGCCUCCCAAGGAGCGGGAACAGGCACCUGCCACCAUGCCUGGCUAAUUUUUGUAUUUUUAGUAGAGAUGGGGUUUCACCUUGUUGGUCAGGCUGGUCUCAAACUCCUGACCUCAGGUGAUCCACCCGCCUCGGCCUUCCAAAGUGUUGGGAUUACAGGCAUGAGCCACUGUGACCAGUCAAAAAAGUAAAAGAUGUGGUGAAAAGAAGUGGCUUCCCAUUCUAUUCAGCUUGCAAGUGGGCUAUUCAUUUGUACCCCUCCUCCUCUUUUUUGUUUUGUUUUGCACUAUGUCAGUUAUUUGGGGAAAUAGCCUGGAGGUUUUCCCUAAAUCUGUUUGUAAAAUUUGUUAAACGUUGUGUGCUGUGUACACAAAACCUAUCUUAUCAAAGUAUUAUCCAACUUGCUGUUUCAGUUGAGAAUGGAUUUUCCACCUUAGAUAUGAACCUUGAGUUUGCCCAUAUCCUAGACGCUACCCUUCAUCAUUUGCUGGCAGCCCUCAGUCUUCAGAACACAAUACUAAGGAGUUCAGAUAGAUGUGUCUUGUGCCCAUCUCUUCCUGAGAAGAGACAGAAAUGGAGCUGUUACUAGUACGAGCAGCCUGAUUAACUGAACAGAGAUUUGGCAAGUCAGGGCCCAGUGGAGGCAAACUUUAAAAAAUAUCUGGGAUAAGAAUCAAAAAUAAUCCCAAAUAUUUGAAAGUUUAAAAGAGGCAUUUUUUUCAUGGUACAUGGUGAAAGUUCAGGCCUCAGAGGCUCAAAAUAGGGAGUUGUUUUCCCUGGCAUUUUGUAAAUGCUCACAUCUUAAGUAAUAAAGCUAUUAUUAUUAUUAUUUUUUUUUUUUGGCAGUCUCCUGU